CUUAACUACUAUGCCACGAGGCCACCCCCAUUUCAUUCAUUUCUAAUAUGUCUUUACAACAGAAGAAUUUUAAGAGAAGGGUCCUAUCUAGAAAUUUUCUAGGUGGAAAGGUGUGUGGAAGGGACAAUAUGAAGUGGGGAAGAUGGAGAAAUUGAAAUGCUCAGCAUCCCGGGCUACAUGAGCCAAAUUGAAAUUCAAAUAAGCAGGUAAUGAUAAAGACUCCUGAAAAUGGGAAAUUUCUCUAGUAGCUGAAAAGAAAAUUUAAAAAAGAUCAGAAAACUGGAGGGGCAGGGAGGGUAAGUGAAACAGAAGAAGGGCAAGUGGACAAAUGUCAUUGGAAUGAGGUCUUGGGAGAAGAGAGGAGACUGGCUGCCCUCUGUUACUUAACCUACAGUAUCUUAGGGGCCACGCUCAAGCAGUAGGGGCCAGGAGGGUCGUUUUGCUUGGGAGGGGUGCCUUUUUCUCUGACAGGUAAGGGGUGCAGGUCUUCCAUUACCCUUCCCCUAGCGUUGCUGCUGGACCUCCCAUGGAACAUGGUGCAGAGUCACAGGAAAGCAGUGCCAACCGAGCGCUGUGCUGAGUGUGGAGCUGGUCACAGCAGGAGGGGGCACAUUGUGGCUGAGAAGUUAGGGAGUCCGUUACUCCAGAUUUGGCUAAAGGAAAAGUCAGACAUUCGUCUCACUUCCCUCCCCAUGCUCCAAUCCCCCUUUUGACGCCAAGGCGAGACUAUCGGCCGCUGCCCCUUUAAGGGCAGUCACUCCUCCCCCCCACCCCAAGCGGUGGCACCCAGAGGGUGGGGGGGAGGCUUAGCGUUCUCGCCGCGCCCGGUCAACUCGAGAAGAUGGCCCAGGCCCGGGGAAUCGCUCCCACGCCCCACUACCUCCUCCCCUGAGCCGGGUGAGCUGGGAGACCCCCUUCCCUCUUUCUCUCCCGGCCCACGCGCGACGUGGGAAUGGCUCCGUGGCCUCACGGAAACAGCUCUCUGGCCUCGUGGCCGGGUGCCCCCACCCUGGUGCCCAAUACCGCCAACACCAGUGGGCUGCCAGGGAUGCCGGGGGCGGCGGCACUGGCGGGGGCGCUGUUGGUGCUGGCCACUGUGGGAGGCAACCUGCUGGUAAUCGUGGCCAUCGCCCGGACGCCGAGACUCCAGACCAUGACCAACGUGUUCGUGACUUCGCUGGCCGCGGCCGACCUGGUUGUAGGACUCCUGGUAGUGCCGCCGGGGGCCACCUUGGCGCUGACCGGCCACUGGCCCCUGGGCGCCACUGGUUGCGAGCUGUGGACUUCGGUGGACGUGCUGUGCGUGACGGCCAGCAUCGAAACCCUGUGCGCCUUGGCGGUGGACCGCUACCUGGCCGUGACCAACCCGCUGCGCUACGGCUCACUGGUCACCAAACGCCGCGCCCGGGCAGCCGUGGUCCUGGUGUGGGUCGUGUCCGCCGCGGUGUCGUUUGCGCCCAUCAUGAGCAAGUGGUGGCGCGUGGGGGCCGACGCCGAGGCGCAGCGUUGCCACUCCAAUCCGCGCUGCUGCGCCUUCGCCUCCAACAUCCCCUACGCGCUGCUCUCCUCCUCCGUCUCCUUCUACCUUCCGCUUCUUGUGAUGCUCUUCGUCUACGCGCGCGUUUUCGUCGUGGCUACGCGCCAGCUGCGCUUGCUGCGCCGGGAGCUGGGCCGCUUCCCGCCAGAGGAGUCUCCGCCGGCUCCGUCUCGCUCUCUGUCCCUCGUCCCGGCGGGGCCGUGCGCCGCGCCCGCGGGGGUGCCCUUCUACGGCCGGCGGCCCGCGCGCCUUCUGCCUCUCCGGGAACACCGGGCCCUGCGCACCCUGGGUCUCAUCAUGGGCACCUUCACUCUCUGCUGGCUGCCCUUCUUUGUGGCCAACGUGGUGCGCGCCCUCGGGGGCCCCUCCCUAGUUCCCAACCCGGCCUUCCUCGCCCUUAACUGGCUAGGCUAUGCCAACUCUGCCUUCAACCCGCUCAUCUAUUGCCGCAGCCCGGACUUCCGCAGCGCCUUCCGCCGCCUGCUGUGCCGCUGCGGCCGCUGCCCGCCCGAGGAGCACCUCGCCGCCGCCUCCGGCCCCGCGACCCCUCCGGCGCCCCUGCAGCCCUGACCAGCCCUGCGGAGUCCGGGCAGCGCCGCCGCUUGACGGGGCUUCCUGGGGAAUUUCUUAGACCUUGAAGGACAAGAAACAACACUCCAUUGAUCCAGAACCUUCGGAAAGCCUCUGGCCUCUGUUCAGAAUGAGCCCUGUGGCGUUUCCCAGCUGGAAAACUCUGCCCUCCAGAACCUGAUGACUGGGCCAUGGGAUGGGGUGGGGGAGUCCUUCCCAAGUGGGUUUUCACCAUCCCCUCUCUCUCUCUUUCUGGGAGAAGUUUUCUAAACCCCACCCCUGAACUUCACCACUACCUCAGCAGCGGAGCAUCUGAGGAUCUGGCUGUGCUCAGCUGCCCCCGAGAGCAGCCCGGCUUGCUUCGGUGGGGCACCCAUCACUUUGCUCACUGGUGUGCUGUGUGCUUAGGGUGAAGAGAGCACCCCUCGUCCCAUUCCUUCCGUCGCCCAGACCUGAUGAACCCCGGAUGCUCUCUGGGCUUGGCGGCCCAGGCUGAGAGCAGAAAGCUAGAGAAAGUCAAGGUUUGGGGUUUUGUCCCUGGCUCCCUCACUUAGGCUCUCUAAGCACCGGCCUCCCUCACUUUACGCGCAGAACAGCUCUGAUCUACCUCACAGCAGUGGCAGAAGGACUUCUUCAGGGUUCGGGGGCCUCUGGGGUUCAUAGGAAGGUGAACCGUUAGAACGGAUCCCUUCUUUUCCUUUUAAAAUCAAAUUAAUAAAAAUACUGAAUGCAGUUCACCCAUUGCCCUCUUUUCUCUCCAUUUGUUUUCUUUUCAUAAUCCACUUACUCCCUUCAUAGACCUGGCUUUUGACAGAGGCAAUAAAUUAGGACUAAUCCUUGUCCCUUUCUUCCUAAUCCUCUUGAAACAAAAAAUGAAAAGUCUGUUUGUGCGAAGGGGAGGGAGCUUGAGUAUUUCACACUCCUGCCUCCCCACCCUUUCCAAAACUUCUGGAACCCAGUUGCAAAGACAUGCUACCCGUAGGAUUUAAGCAGAGCCCCCGCGGGAGGAUUGGGUUUGCUGUGGCCAAGAUCAGGGCACGGAGAGCGUAUGUCAGCUCCCAUGCUAUAAGCCAGGGGUGGAUUUGUAAGAUCCUGUUACCAUCAGGAACCAGUUUUGCUCAUUGCUGUACGCGUGUGUGUCUGGAGGCACAGACCAUUGUUUGUGUUGGGCAAAUGUCUUGGGUUAUAAAUAUAUUCUGACGUUUCCCAUCCUUUCCAUAGCCUCUACGGUCCCACUUUCUUUCCUGGGCUUCAUAAAUCUAUAUUAUCCUCUUGAAGUAAAACUGGAGUUACAAGUUUGAGCCAGUUGAUCGUUUUUUUCCAUAUUCCAAUUUUUAUGAAACUUAUCAGGCAGUUUCCUAUGGAAAGAAAAUUUCUAUGGAAAUCACUGGGUCAUUUUGCGAGUUCUUAUUUAAACUCCAUGAGCCGCGAGCAUUGUCCAGGCUGAUUUACAGGAGAGCCAGUAAAUCACAAAAGUUUAAUGUACGGUGUGACAGCAGUAUACAAUGCAUUGGCUAGGUUCAGGGGCUCCAGAGUUAUAAAACUGCGUUCUGCCCUGAGGAUAAGCUCGGUGGAUUUCCACAUAUGGGUGUUCCCUGUGAAUUGGACCUGGCCUACACUGCACUCUUUUCUCCAGGAGCCCAGGUUUUAUUUCUUAGGAUGUUUGCAUACCAAAGAUGGCUUUCUCCUUUCCAGUCCAGAGCAGUGUGAGAUCUCUAGUGUCUGAGGUGCGGAAGGUUUCUCGGCAAGGAGUCAACUUUUGAACCCUUAGUGGAGAAGGAAGUCUUGCUUUCGCCUGGGUAUGAGGGCCUCCUCUCCCUAUCUCUGGAUAUUUUCCCAAC